CCUGGCCUUCCGACCUAUGAAACACGUCCUAUGAACUCAAAAAUGAAGCAGGAGAAACUCUGCCAGUAUGACUUCUGUUGUGACUUCACCAUCGAGACAUCGAAUAUCGAUGCAAACUCGAAAUACAAACUGAUGGUGGUGAAUAGUCAACGGACAUUUGUCAAUUACACCACUAUCGGAUAUCAGGCUUGUGCGAUUGUUCUUUGUAGGAAUGAGUCAGUCAACACCUGCGGACUCCGAACGAAGUCGGAAACUGUCUUCUCACUGGUGAGAAUCACCGCCACUUUUGUUAAUCGAAAUAAUCUUAUGAUAAUGCCGAACUCAGUUAACUCAUCGCUAUUGCCCCUCGAUUGGACGUACAAUGAGAAAAUCGAGGAGGAUACGGUACAUAUCGAGGCUUUUCUCACUGCACCUGCCAAGAAUGUCCAGACACUCGGUCUUUUCGCGAGAAAAUUCGAGAGGGAUGUACUUACACAUCCGAGAGUACGGAGAAAUACCACGGUGUCAUCAGCCGUGAGCAUCCAAAUUUGGAUUCUAAUUUUUCUUGUAGUAACUUCCGUAACUUAUCUCCUCUACAAAAAAUACAGAUCCAAAUCUCAAGAUCAAACUAAUGGUUAUAAAAUACCACACAAAUCAUUUCAGCAGUGAAAUGAUUUAUGGAAUUUUGGGCGAAAGAAACUAGUUAUAAACUGUCAUAGUUAAAUAUUUUCUAUGAAUAAAAAACUGAAAAAAUUA